AUGUCGACCUCGUCCAGCGUUCUACACCACGGGCUAAGAUAUUAUCAACACACAAAUGCUGCUCGAUUGGAUAUUGAGAAGGCUUCUCAGGCUUACCACAGUCUCCAGGUAAAACUGCAACACUAUGGUAAGAGUAUUUUAGUUUCUAAAUUUUUAGCCUUUGAAAAUGGCCAAACCAACCAACUUCUGUGUCUUGAGGGUACAAUACCCGUGAAGUACAUGGGAAAUACGUACAAUAUUCCACUAGCUGUGUACUUUGUCCAUCAGCACCCAUACCAUCCGCCGAUUGCUUAUGUCCGUCCUACCUCAACCAUGCAGAUAAAAGCGGGUCCAAAUGUGGACACAAAUGGAAAAGUAUUCCUUCCCUACCUGUCCGAGUGGAAAUUUCCUGGCUCAUCCACACAACAGCUUUUAGGAAUACUUCAAGAGGUUUUUGGAAGUCGCCCGCCUGUUUUCGCCAAGCCAAAUACCACUCAACCUGCACAAAAUUCAAUUGGAUUCACACCCUAUGCCACAAACACGCCGCCGAACGGCGCGGGCUACGGAGUGCCGGGCGCGGGGUGGGGAGCGAUGCCUGGUCUGCCCAGCUCCACCACUGCCCUGACUCAAGCCGCCGCAUCCAUGCCACCGAACUCGGCCUUCAACGCGAUGCCGCCCAUACCCUCUGCAACCACGACUUCUCCCUACCUGGCUGCUGCUGCUGCCGCCGCCGGAUCCACAGUUUCUAGUAAAGCUGCCUUGUCUGAGGAGGACGCGCUGAUAUCGUCGCUGAGGUCGGCGGUGCAGGACAAGCUGAAUCGCGAGCAGCGCGAGGAGCAAAUAAAGUCGUUGACGCGCGAACUGGAGGAGAAGACGAAGGAGUACAAGGAGGUCUACCGGAAGCUGAAGCAGGAGGCUAAUGGGAAGGUGGACUACGAUUCUGUCGUCGACACCACCACACCCGUCUACCGCCAGCUGUUCGAGGCUUUCGCAGAGGAGCAGGCGAUCGGCGAUGUUUUGUACUACCUGUCGCAGGCCCUCGAGAACGGCGCAAUAGAGCCAGACGACUUUCUUAAGGUGAGUCCAAGAAGGCAUCCAUCGCGCCACCGUGUACCAGUGUCGAGCCCGCGCAGGUCUGCCGUCAGUGUAGAAGUCGGUGGGAGGAGGCCGGUGUCCCCAGGACCAGCGCCCAUCUGUCGCUCGCUGUCUAUUCAGGUUGUCGUCGCCGCCGCCGCCGCUGCGUUUCUGAUUGGCGUUCGAGCCGCCCCCUCCCCCACCUCUUGUACACCUCGCAUCUUUCAUCUCUCCCCCGCUUCGCCUCGCCUCCCGUGA